CUAUGUAUGUGAAUCAAAGGUAGUAGCUACAGUUCUUCUUUACAUAUGAAUCACCCUUUUGAUCAAAGGCCUAUAUAUAUUUUCGCCAUCCCAGAAAUUUUCUUUUGUGCUGUGGUUUCAUUUCCUUCUCUCUCUCUGUCUGACUCUCCUCAUUCACUCGCAUUUUAAUUUGCAAAAUACAACUAUUGGCUGCUGCUUAUUAGGUGUUCACUGAAAUAUCCCACCCACUUUUGAUUUUCUUCUUGUUGUUUUACACUCUGGGUUUUGAACGUUUGCUUGUUUUUUUGAUGUAAAGACUAGUUUUCGCAAUCUGUGAGAAUUUGGCAAUUCUUUGAUUGAAAUCUUCUUGAUUUUGUGAUAAGAUCUCAAAUCAUGUAAAUUAGCCUUAUUUGAGAGUGAGUUUUGUUCUUUCAUUUUGCCGUCAUUUUUAUUGUUUACUUGUGUCUUUGAUGUAACCAAAGAAUUUUCGAUUCUUUGAUUCAAUUUUCUUGAUUUUGUGAUUAUAAAGAUCUGAUCAAAUCAUGUAAAUUAGCCUUAGCUAGUGAGCGAGUUUUGUUCUUUGAUUUUGCUGUCUCAUUACAACUUCUGUCAAGUAUAAUCUGAUAUAUCAUGUAAUUUAUCUAGAUAUUCAAUUUGUUCUCUGUAUAUCCCUUUUAGCUAGGGAGUAUACUAAUUUUCUUAGUUUUAAUCCAAACCCAUCAUUGUACAAACAAAUCCAUGGAGGAGACUUUUGUUCCUUUUCAAGGAAUCAAGAAUGACAUUAGAGGAAGGCUGAAAUGCUACAAACAAGAUUGGACUAGUGGCUUAAGUGCUGGUGUAAGAAUUUUGGCUCCUACAACAUUCAUAUUUUUCGCUUCAGCAAUACCAGUUAUUUCGUUCGGCGAACAAUUGGACAGGAGCACUGAUGGAGUUCUGACUGCAGUUCAAACGUUAGCAUCGACUGCACUUUGUGGAAUCAUACAUUCACUUAUUGGAGGUCAGCCUUUGCUGAUUCUUGGAGUUGCUGAGCCUACCGUGCUUAUGUACACUUUCAUGUUCAAUUUUGUCAAAGAUAGACCUGAAUUGGGACCAAAGCUCUUCCUUGCGUGGUCUGCGUGGGUAUGUGUAUGGACUGCAGCCUUGCUAUUUAUACUGGCUGUCUUGGGGGCUUGCUCCAUCAUCAAUAGGUUUACUCGUGUCGCUGGAGAACUUUUCGGUCUGCUUAUUGCUAUGCUCUUUAUGCAAGAAGCAAUUAGAGGUAUUAUUGAUGAAUUUCGCGUACCAAAAAGAGAAAAUCCAAACCUACCAGAGUUUAGUCCGUCAUGGAGAUUUUCAAAUGGGAUGUUUGCGUUACUUAUGUCAUUUGGUUUGUUGCUCACUGGAUUGAAAAGUCGAAAAGCCCGAUCAUGGAGAUAUGGCUCUGGGUGGAUUCGCGGUAUCAUUGCAGACUAUGGUGUGCCUUUGAUGGUUCUUGUUUGGACAGCUAUUUCAUAUAUCCCAGCCAAUCAUGUUCCACAUGGUAUCCCUAGACGGCUCUACAGCCCAAAUCCUUGGUCUCCUGGUGCCUAUGCUAACUGGACAGUCGUCAAGGACAUGCUAAAUGUGCCAAUCUUUUAUAUAUUCGGAGCUUUUGUCCCAGCAACGAUGAUCGCAGUGCUUUAUUAUUUUGACCAUAGUGUAGCAUCUCAACUUGCACAGCAAAGCGAGUUCAAUUUGAGAAAACCAUCUUCCUUCCAUUAUGAUUUACUUCUUUUAGGAUUUCUGACUUUAUUAUGUGGUCUUCUUGGUAUCCCACCAUCAAAUGGUGUCAUCCCACAAUCUCCAAUGCAUACAAAGAGUCUUGCCACUCUCAAACACCAGUUGCUUCGCGAUAAACUAGUGGACACGGCAAAGAAAAGUAUUGAGGAUAAUGCAAGUUUGGGAGAAGUCUACGGCAAUAUGCAAGAAGCUUAUAAACAGAUGCAGACUCCAUUAAUCUACCAAGAACCAUCAGCUCGACAAGGAUUAAAGGAAUUAAAAGAGACAACUAUUCAGUUAGCUACAUCAACAAUGGGAAAUAUUGACACCCCGGUUGAUGAGACGGUAUUUGAUAUCGAAAAAGAGAUUGAUGAUUUGUUACCCAUUGAGGUCAAAGAACAACGGGUUAGUAACUUGCUUCAAUCAACAAUGGUGGGAGGCUGUGUUGCAGCUAUGCCUAUACUUAAAAUGAUUCCAACCUCUGUACUUUCGGGUUAUUUCGCCUUUAUGGCCAUUGAGAGCUUACCAGGAAAUCAGUUCUGGGAAAGAUUCUUAUUAACCUUCACUGCUCCAAGUAGAAGAUUCAUGGUUCUUGAGGAGUACCAUGCCACUUUUGUAGAAACUGUACCUUUCAAAACAAUUUUGACUUUCACAUUAUUUCAGACAACUUACUUACUAAUUUGUUUCGGGAUUACAUGGAUUCCAAUAGCCGGGGUGUUAUUCCCUUUAAUGAUCAUGCUAUUAGUUCCUGUAAGACAAUACAUACUCCCCAAAUUUUUUAAAGGGGCACACCUUCAAGAUUUAGAUGCAGCCGAAUACGAAGAAGCACCCGCUAUACCGUUUAACCUCUUAUGCGAAGGGAAGCUUUCUAAAGCUCCUUGUGCAGACGAUCCAGAGAUUCUGGAUGAGAUGCUUACGCGAAGCCGUGGUGAAGUUCGUCACAUGUACAGUCCUAAGAUAACAAGCUCCAGCACAACCCCAAGAAACCGGAAAAGCUUUACGGACAAAUCACACACUAGUCCUCGCGUGUAUGAACUAGGAGGAAGCUCUAGUUUCGGUGGAAUAAUGUCAGUUAGUCCGAGAGUCGACGGAGAAGUGAAACCACCAUCUAAAUUGGGACGAGACCCAACUCCAUAAGGCCGAAAAAACUUUAAUACUUGUACUAGCUUUAUGUAUGUGUGGUUUCUUCUGUUGGCUGUUUUAGCUUUUUCUUCUUCUUUGUGUGGCUUGGUUAAUUAUGUUGUGGUUUGGCUAAACGUUUGUUGUAGAAUAUUCUUAUGUACGUGUUGUAACAUACUUACUCCGUUCCAGGAAAAGUGAUACUUUUACCUUCUCAACUUGACCUUUUUAAGGCAAAAACGAAGAAUGAAAGUACCA